CUUCGGAUCUGGUGAGACUGAAACGCCGCUCGGUGGGUUCUCGGCUAGGUCGCCUCCUCUCCCUCCCGGCCUCGCCAUGGCGACGUCCGUCUGCAUCACCUGCCGGGUAGAGUUCCGCGACGCGGAGAUGCAGCGGGCGCACUACAAGACGGACUGGCACCGCUACAACCUGCAGCGCAAGGUGGCCGACAUGGCCCCGGUGACCGCCGAAGGUUUCCAGGAGCGGUUGCGGGCGCAGCGGGCGGUGGCGGAGGAGGAGAGCAAGGGCACGGCCACCUACUGCUCCGUGUGCAGCAAGAAGUUCGCCACGUUCAAGUCCUACGAGAACCACCUCAAGUCGCGGCGGCACGUGGAGCUGGAGAAGAAGGCGGUGAACCAGCAAGUGGAAAUGCACAACGAGAAGAACCUGGAGAAGGGAUUGGGCGCCGACAGCGUGGACAAGAAUGUCAUGAACGCGGCCAUCCAGCAGGCCAUCAAAGCCCAGCCGUCAAUGUCCCCCAAGAAAGUGCCCUCCGUUGGGUCCCCGAGGGCGACAGGCCGACGGGGCGCUCGGCAUCCGGACCCCGCAGAGAAGCCGCCCAGGCUGCAGUGGUUCGAGCAGCAGGCCAGGAAGUUAGCGAAGCAGCAGUGGGAGGAGAGUGAGCAGGAGGAAGAGGAGGAAGAUUGGGAAGAUAUUGAUUCAGAUGAUGGAUUGGAAUGUGAGAACCCUGGACUGGAUGAUGAGGAUGCAGAAGCUGGGGAGAGCCUGCCCCCAGGUGCCAUCCCAGUAACAGACUGCUUAUUUUGUUCCCAUCCAUCCCACUCCCUCAUGAAGAAUGUGGCUCAUAUGACUAAAAUCCACAGCUUCUUUAUUCCUGAUAUAGACUAUCUUUCAGAUCUGAAAGGACUUAUUAAAUAUUUGGGAGAGAAAGUCGGUGUUGGCAAGAUUUGCUUGUGGUGCAACGAGAGAGGCAAAUCCUUCUACUCCACAGACGGUGUGCAGGCGCACAUGAAUGACAAGAGCCACUGCAAGCUCUUUGCAGAUGGUGCCGCCGCUUUGGAGUUCGCAGACUUCUAUGACUUUAGGAGUAGCUACCCAGACUACAAGGAGGGGCAGGACCCUGAUGAGAUCGAGGAGCUGUCCUCAGAAAAGACCUUGGAAUGUGAUGAUGAAACCAUGGAGCUGAUACUUCCUUCUGGUGCCAGAGUGGGUCAUCGCUCUUUGGCCAAGCAACGAUGUGGCCUGCCAAGAGCUGUGACGGCUGCUGGAAACCAGAAGGCUGUGGGCAGGGUUCUCCAGCAAUACCGAGCCCAGGGGUGGACAGGCAGCACAGGAGCAGCUCUCAUGCGGGAGCAGGACAUGCAGUAUGCUCAAAGGGUGAAGUCGAAGUGGAUGCUGAAGACUGGGAUGAAGAACAAUGCCACUAAGCAGAUGCACUUUAGGGCCUAGGUGUUGUUCUGAGAGGCUGACACCGGAGAUGCAUCUCUGGCUGUACUUCUUGUCUUGUCGGAGGACCAGUGAAGCCAGAUUGCAGAGUGGAUCUUUUGCUGCUACUUCAUUUGUUCUGAUCUAAUAAAGUCAGAAUCAUACCAAAACAAAAAACAAAAACCAGGCACCCUGUAAUAUCAACAGGUGGGAGGUAGAGCCAAGAGGAUCAAGAAGUUCGGGCUGGAGAGAUGUCUCAGCCAUUUUUAAUCCCAGCACUCGCAGAGUCAGGCAGAUUUCUGUGACUACAGAGCUAGUUCUGAGACAGGCUCCAAAGCUACAAGAAACCUUGUCUUGAAAAGCCAAAAAAAGUUCAAGGUUAUCCCCUGCAAUAUAACAAAUUUGAAACCAACUUGGGAUACUUGAGGCCCUGCCUAUAAAUAAAUAAAUU